CCUACCCGUCCGCCAUCACUGUGGCUAAGAUCCCAAACCUGGGAGUAGAGCGCAGGUAGAGGGUUUGGAGACGGCGCAGAGGCAGUAAAGGGCAGGUAGAGGGUUUGGAGACGGCGCACAGAGUUAGAGCGCAGUAGCGGAUUUGGAGACGGAGCACAGAGAGGGAGUUUGGUGUCCCAUUAACCACCCAGACUGUGUUUCAUGUGUAAGGAGUCCGCACACUCACCGAACAAACAUGUCUAAUCUCAGCAAAGGGGGCACCAAGAAGGACACCAAGAUGAGGAUACGAGCCUUUCCUAUGACGAUGGAUGAGAAGUACGUGAACAACAUCUGGGACCUCCUGAGAAACGCCAUCCAGGAGAUCCAGCGGAAGAACAACAGCGGCCUGAGCUUCGAGGAGCUGUACAGGAACGCCUACACCAUGGUGCUGCACAAGCAUGGCGAGAAGCUCUACACGGGCCUACGGGAGGUCGUCACUGAGCACCUCAUCAACAAGGUACGAGAAGACGUCCUCAACUCCUUAAACAACAAUUUCUUGCAGACGUUGAACCAGGCGUGGAACGACCACCAGACGGCCAUGGUUAUGAUCCGAGACAUCCUGAUGUACAUGGACCGAGUAUAUGUGCAGCAGAAUAACGUAGAGAACGUCUAUAACUUGGGCCUGAUCAUCUUCAGAGAUCAGGUGGUUCGGUAUGGCUGCAUCAGAGACCAUCUACGCCAGACCCUGCUGGACCUGAUCGCCAGAGAAAGGAAGGGCGAGGUUGUGGACAGAGGAGCCGUCAGAAAUGCCUGUCAGAUGCUGAUGGUGCUAGGCCUGGAGGGACGCUCCGUGUACGAGGAGGACUUCGAGGCGCCCUUUCUAGAAAUGUCCGCCGAGUUCUUCCAGAUGGAGAGCCAGAAGUUCCUGGCGGAGAACAGCGCCAGCGUGUACAUAAAGAAGGUGGAGGCACGGAUCAACGAGGAGAUCGAGAGGGUGGUGCACUGUCUGGACAAGUCGACAGAGGAGCCCAUCGUGAAGGUGGUGGAGCGGGAGCUCAUCUCCAGACACAUGAAGACCAUCGUAGAGAUGGAGAACUCAGGCCUCGUUCACAUGCUGAAGAACGGCAAGACGGAGGACCUGGCAUGUAUGUAUAAACUCUUCAGCAGGGUUCCCAGUGGACUGAAGACCAUGUGUGAGUGUAUGUCUCUGCAUCUGCGGGAGCAGGGCAAGGCGCUCGUGUCUGAGGAGGGCGAGGGCAAGAACCCCGUUGACUACAUCCAGGGCCUGCUAGAUCUGAAGACCCGCUUCGACCGAUUCCUGCAGGACUCGUUCAGUAACGACCGCCUCUUCAAGCAGACCAUUGCUGGGGACUUUGAGUACUUCCUCAACCUCAACUCCCGCUCACCAGAGUACCUCUCACUCUUCAUCGACGACAAACUGAAGAAAGGAGUGAAAGGGCUGACGGAGCAGGAGGUGGAGUCCAUCCUGGACAAGGCCAUGGUGCUGUUCCGCUUCAUGCAGGAGAAGGAUGUGUUUGAGCGCUACUACAAACAGCACCUGGCCAGGAGACUCCUCACCAACAAAAGUGUGUCCGACGACUCGGAGAAGAACAUGAUCUCAAAACUGAAGACAGAGUGCGGCUGUCAGUUCACGUCUAAACUGGAGGGCAUGUUCAGGGACAUGAGCAUCUCCAACACCACCAUGGAUGAGUUCCGCCAGCACCUGCAGACUACCGGGGUAUCUCUAGGUGGUGUUGAUCUCACAGUCCGAGUUCUGACCACGGGUUACUGGCCGACCCAGUCUGCCACGCCCAAGUGCAACAUCCCCCACUCCCCCCGACACGCCUUCGAGGUCUUCAGAAGGUUUUAUUUGGCCAAACAUAGUGGCAGGCAGCUCACCCUGCAGCACCACAUGGGCUCAGCAGACCUCAACGCCACCUUCUACGGGCCCGUUAAAAAGGAGGAUGGCUCUGAAGUUGGUGUGGGUGGAGCGCAGGUGACCGGCUCCAACACACGGAAGCACAUACUGCAGGUCUCCACCUUCCAGAUGACCGUCCUCAUGCUCUUCAACAGCCGAGAGAAGUGCACCUUUGAGGAGAUCCAGCAGGAGACGGACAUUCCGGAGCGGGAGCUGGUGCGGGCGCUGCAGUCUCUGGCGUGCGGGAAACCUACCCAGCGGGUGCUCACCAAGGACCCAAAGAGCAAGGAAAUCGAGAAUGGCCACGUGUUUACGGUCAAUGACCAGUUCACCUCCAAACUGCACCGAGUCAAGAUCCAGACAGUCGCUGCCAAGCAGGGUGAAUCUGACCCUGAGCGCAAGGAGACGCGCCAGAAAGUGGAUGAUGACCGCAAACACGAGAUCGAGGCCGCCAUCGUACGCAUCAUGAAAUCCAGAAAGAAGAUGCAGCACAACGUACUCGUAGCAGAGGUGACCCAGCAGCUAAGGGCGCGGUUCUUGCCCAGUCCGGUGGUGAUUAAAAAGCGCAUUGAAGGACUUAUAGAGAGAGAAUAUCUGGCACGAACACCAGAGGACCGCAAAGUCUACACUUACGUGGCGUAGAGGAGGAAGAAGAGGAGGAAGAGGCAAAAAACAAGAGAAAAACAGACUGUUCGCAUGGACUGGGAUGGACUGGGAUGUUCCUUUUAAAAGAGAAAUUCUGGGAAACUGACUUUUUCCUCCAGAACAAACACCACACAAAAAAACAAAUAACACAAAAGAUCAGAAAUAAACAGCAAACCGAAA